AUGCCUCCCAAUGUCAUUCCUUACCACCAGCACAUCACAACCCGCCGCAACCGGGUCCUCGCCAACCCGCAGACCACGGCUGCCGAGCGACAGGCUAUUGCCAGGUACACUGCUCGUUGGGAUCGCUCUGCCCGUCCUCAGAACCCGACUGGCAUUGAGGAGAUUCGAGCCCGGCUUUGGCGCCAGAUAAAUGGCGUUCCAAAGUGCUACAAGUGCUUCCGUGGCCGGGAGGCUAUGCCAGGCAUGCCUCGUGGUCCUGGUACUGUGCUUGAUCUGACCAUGCUCCCUAUUGGUCUUGAUCCAAUUGACCUUGUUCCUUGUAGUUGCGCCUGGGAGGAGGCUAUAGUGAAGGAGUACCUUGUAGCUAAGGAUAUCUGGCCGGCUGAUCCUCUUCCUGGGCCUUCUAACUAUAUGCUGUUGGACGGCCUGAUUGGUAUCUCACGCGCACCAAAUGCUUUGAUUGAUCGGAACGUGCGCAUCACUGAAGUGCAGCGGGACAUCCAGGCUCAUGGACCUGAUGCUGGUAUUGAGACUGAUGAGAUCUAG